AUGUCGAAGGUCCUCACUCUAGAUGCUAUUCUGUUUGGGUUGCUGGUCUUCUCUGGCAUCCUGGGAAACAUACUGAUCAUCCAUAUGGUGAGGAGAGAACUAUCAAACUUUUUUUUAAAGAAAUGGAACCCUAACUGCCAAUAGCCAUGGAAUAUCUCAGCCUAAGAUGACAUCACACAGUGUUAAGUGUAAUAAUAAAUUAUACUCUUUCUCUCUCCCUCUCUCUCAGGUUUUCCAGUCGGCCAUUGAAAGUUUGUCUCAUCGGCUACAUCCCUCUGACACCAUCCUGGUGAACCUGUCGCUGGCCAACCUGCUGACGUCUCUGUUCCGCACGGUACCCAUCUUUGUGUCUGAUCUGGGUUUGGACGUGUCCCUGUCCCAGGGCUGGUGCCGCCUCUUUAUGUUGCUGUGGGUGUGGUGGCGGGCCGUGGGCUGCUGGGUCACUCUGACCCUCAGUGCCUUCCACUGUGUCACCCUGAGGCGCCAGCAUGUGGCCGUGGGCCCCCUGGCACAGGAGCAUGAGAGGAGGAAGGUGUGGGUGGUUCUGGGGCUGGUUUGGGGGCUCAACCUGGCCUUUUCCCUGCCGGCGCUGGUCUACACCACACACAUCCAAGGCAAUGCCACGGUGGAGCUGAUGGUGAUCAGCUGCACCACCAGGCCCCUUCUGGGCUGUAUGUGGCAGUUCCCCUCGGAGGAGCAGGGCUUGGCCUUCGCCUCCACCUCCCUGGCCCUCAAUGAGGUGGUUCCCCUGGUGCUGAUGGUGGGCACCAACCUGGCUACGCUGCACACGCUGGCCAAACACAUGCGGGCCGUCACCUCAGCGGGCGAGGCAGGGGGAGGGACGCAGGGCAAGCUGGACAGACAUGUGGCCAGUGAACGCAAGGCCGGUCAUGUGAUCAUUUUGCUGGUGAUGCUAUUUGUGGUGUGCUGGGCCCUGCAGGUUGCGGCGGUGACAUACUAUAACCAUAACAGGGGGCACCAUGCGGAGGAGCUGCUGACUGUGGCCCACUUCUCUGCCUCUCUGUUUGUGGGCUUCAGUCCCAUGGUGGUGGCUCUGGGACACGGCAAGCUGAGGAGGAGGAUCAUGAGGAUGAUCGUUGGCUGUGCUGACAGAGUGAAAUGUCAACAGGAGAAAAUAGUAGAUGAAAGCAAAGCUCCAGACACAAGGGAGAGGAAAGUAAAUCAACCUGUUUUCACUAUUCAGAAGGAGAGAGAGGUUAUCAAAUAA